AUGUGCCUAUGCAUCAAAACUCGCGUUGUGGCUCUCGAGGCCCAGUUAGCCAUUGUUGCUGGAAUCGAGAGGAGAAUUGAAGGAAUGAUGGGAUCAGAAGAAGGAGCAACUUCCGCCAUCGCAUAUGGCGGACCGGGAAAGGAAGGAACAUGCACCCUUCAGGCUCUGCUGAGAGCAGAGGUAGAAGUUGCAUUGAGGUUGGCCAACGAGAUUCCGGAGCGUGCUGCGAUGCACCUUAAUGUCAGGGAGAGGGAUCAUGUUGAACUCAUUGACCUUGAUGAUUUGGCGCUCGUUGACCUUACGACGUUCUUUCAUUGUCUUUUGGAGGUGUGGACUGGCCUGGAUCGAUUAAUCCAGGAUAGCUACAUGAGGGUGAGAGGGGAAGGCGGCCGAGGUAUCUUACUAAGGAUCGAGCGCCAUCGAAGGAAGGUCCUCGGAAACGCGAUCAAGGGAUUGGCAGGCGAGGCCAUGCAAGCAGGAUGGAAGCUAUUGAAGAAGGUAGAGGCACGUGCUGUGGAACUUGGGUUUCCAGAACUCCUUGAGGACCUCCAGGAAGCGUAUUAUUGGUGGCAGCAUUCUCUGCCAGAAAACGAAAUCAAUCUAGCAAGAUCUCCUUCCUAUAGGAGUCGACAUGCCGCCCAAGACGACGAGGUGUGGGACCAGUGGCUUCGCGAUAGAGAGGAAGGCAGCAAAACACCACCAUCUGAGGGGCUGGGGAGCCAGGAGAAAUGGGGAGAGAAGAUGGAGAGGGACAUGCUCCUACUCGCUCGGCACACCAUUGACUUGAAGAUUGCGGCGAAUUCUCUGCGGACCGCUUCCCUUAGGCUCCAAGGCUCAAUUGUAGUAGCGGAAGGAUAG